AUGUCUGGAGAAGAUCCCUGCGUGUCAUCCUACUGUUCCUUCGAAUACUCGGUCCUCCCUCGAGUGAUCGCUGAUGGAUACAACUGCAUUCAAUUCAUGGCCAUUGUGGAGCAUGCAUAUUAUCCCUCUUUUGGAUAUCAGUGCAACCUUUUCUAUGCCAUUUCGUCCCGGUUCGGAACGCCGACCGAUUUUAUGAGAUUGGUCGAUGCCUGCCAUGCCGCAGGAUUGUUCGUCAUCGUGGAUAUUGUUCAGGGACAUGCUUCUCCCAAUGUUGAGGACGGAAUCAACCAAUUUGAUGGAAGUGACGACCUCUACUUUGCACCUGGAGAAGCAGGCAAUCAUUCGCAGUGGGGAUCAAAGUGCUUCGAUUAUCGAAAACGCGAAGUCACCCAAUUCCUAUUGGGUCAAUUGCUGUAUUUUGUAGAGGUCUAUCACAUUGACGGGUUCCGAUUUGAUGCAGUGACUUCGAUCAUCUACAACGAUCAUGCAAUUACGCGCGGAUUUACCGGGAACUACGAGGAAUAUUUCGGGUUUUAUAGCAAUAUUAAUAUCGAUGGGUUGGCUUAUCUGGCGAUGGCCAAUCGUCUUCUUCAUUCCCUCGAACCUCCCGCGUUCUCCAUCGCGGAGGAUGUAUCCGGAUAUCCGCUUCUUGCUUCGCCCAUGAAGAACGGAGGGAUCGGCUUCGACUAUCGAAUGAAUAUGGCCGUGGCGGAUAAGUGGAUAAAACUGAUGAAGGAGAGCAAAUUGGAGCUUUGGAACGUUACAGACAUCGCGUACACAAUCACAAAUCGACGCUAUGGAGAGAAAUACGUUUCGUACAACGAGUGCCACGAUCAGUCUCUGGUGGGAGACAAAACGCUCGCUUUCUGGCUGAUGGACGCAGAGAUGUAUUCGGGAAUGUCCAAACUGCAGCCGCGAAAUCACACCAUCUUCAACGGGAUCCACGUGCUGCACCUCAUUCGUCUGCUAACGAAAGUGCUCGGAGGGGAAGGCUAUCUCAACUUCAUGGGGAACGAGUUUGGACAUCCAGGUAGUAAUUGGCAAAAUUGGUCGAGAAUAGAAUGGGUGGACUUUCCGAGAAAAGGGAAUAACUUUUCCUACCAUUAUUGCAGAAGACAGUGGAGUUUGGUAGAUGACCGAAACUUGCUGUAUCAGUAUAUUCUGAACUGGGAUGUGGAUACCAAUCGUCUCUGUGCAUACUAUUCUCUUCAGGUAAAUGGGUUUGAAUUUAUCACCCUGCGUGACCAAACGAAGCAAGUACUAGCGUUUGAAAAGGGGGGACUGCUCUUCGUUUUCAACUUCAGUUACAGCAAUAGCUACUCUGAUUACCAAGUUCCAGUGCGUAAUCCUGGCUCGUAUCGCUGCAUUUUGUCUGUAUUCUAUUCUCUUGUACCUCUUAUUUCUCUAGAGCGAUCUUCCCGAGUACUAUAG